GCUUAUUUCUCAUCUCGAGAUUUCGUUGCCGCCUGCGUCUUCUCGUUCGUGAACAACGAACGUUCAUGGCUGCGUGACUCGACGAGGGAUCGAUAGAAGUGUUAAAAAUCGGGGAAGACGAUCGCGUUUGAGAACAAUUGAUUCAUUUAGAGUUGCGCCGAGUUAUUUUUCGUCGAGAUGACGGCGAUUCCCGGAACGGUAGCGUUCGACGAAUUCGGCCGGCCCUUCAUCAUCUUGCGGAACCAAGAGAAGCAGCAACGGCUCACCGGUCACGAUGCGAUUAAGUCGCAUAUCUUGGCAGCACGCAAUGUGGCCAGUAUUCUUCGAACAUCCUUGGGACCCAAGGGACUGGAUAAGAUGAUGGUGAGUUCUGAUGGAGAUGUCACCGUUACCAAUGAUGGUGCUACAAUCCUGAAGAACAUGGAUGUGGAUCACGAAAUUGCCAAGCUUAUGGUUCAGCUGUCAAAGUCUCAGGAUGAUGAAAUUGGGGAUGGCACUACCGGAGUAGUUGUCUUAGCUGGUGCACUUCUGGAACAAGCCGAGCAAUUAUUAGACAAGGGAAUUCAUCCGAUUAGAAUAGCUGAUGGUUUCGAGUUGGCAGCAAGAUGUGCUACUGAACAUCUCAAGACAAUAACGGACGAUUUUAAAGGAACCCCAGAAAAUUUAGAACCCUACAUCGACAUUGCUAUGACUUCACUUGGUUCAAAGAUCAUUAACAAGCAUCAUAGGCAGAUGGCAGAAAUUGCUGUACAAGCUGUAUUGGCAGUUAUGGAUCCUGUUACUCGUGAUGUCAAUUUCGAACUAAUCAAGAUAGAAGGAAAGGUCGGUGGUAGAUUAGAAGAUACUGUCUUAGUACGUGGUGUUGUUGUCGACAAGGAUUUCAGUCAUCCGCAAAUGCCGAAGAGAUUAGAAGAUGUCAAACUGGCCAUUUUAACAUGUCCCUUUGAGCCACCGAAGCCCAAAACAAAGCAUAAGUUGGACGUCACGUCGGUCGACGAUUACAGAGCGUUGCGCGAUUACGAGCGCGAAAAAUUCACAGAAAUGGUGAAGCAGGUCAAAAACGCCGGCACGACAUUGGCUAUUUGUCAAUGGGGUUUUGAUGAUGAAGCCAAUCAUCUUCUAUUACAAAACGAUUUGCCUGCAAUCAGAUGGGUCGGCGGUCCAGAAAUCGAACUUAUUGCCAUUGCAACUGGUGGACGCAUUGUACCUCGCUUUGAGGAACUGACACCGGAGAAACUUGGUCAUGCCGGUGUCGUCAGGGAAUUAACGUUCGGAACUACAAAGGAUCGAAUGCUGGUCAUCGAGGAAUGCAAGAAUUCUCGCGCCGUGACAAUCUUUAUUCGUGGCGGCAACAAAAUGAUUAUUGAAGAAGCAAAGCGGUCUAUACACGAUGCACUGUGUACCGUACGCAAUGUAGUCAAGGACAACAAGAUUUUGUACGGCGGAGGCGCAGCGGAAAUAUCUUGCGCGCUGGCAUGCGCGGCUCAGGCUGACAAAAUCAGUACUCUGGAACAAUAUGCCUUCCGUGCCUUCGCUGAGGCUUUAGAGAGUGUUCCUAUGGCCCUAGCAGAAAAUGCUGGUCUUUCUCCAGUGGAUACUAUAGCGGAGAUUAAAGCGCGUCAAUUGGCCGACAGAAAUCCUGCUCUUGGUAUCGAUUGCUUAAAUCGAGGCACUGCAAAUAUGAAGAAACAGAACGUCAUCGAAACUUUAACGAGCAAGACGCAACAGAUUUUGUUGGCUACACAGUUAGUUAAGAUGAUCCUGAAAAUCGAUGAUAUAAGGUCGCCUAGUGAUUUUGGCGACGCACCUUAAAAAGUUAAAUUUAAUAUAAUAAAUCAUCAUAUAAUUAAUCAAAA